GUCGUCAGGAACAGACACGAGGUCUCAAUGCCUAAUGAAUCGGAAUGAUUUCAUUUGAUGAGAGGGGUUUAUCGGCCGUGUUCCAGGCAUUUCAGAUAAGGUUUCCUUAUCGUUUCGAUAAUUUCAACCCAUUGAUAGUUUAUACCUAGUAAUGGUCGGAUACCAUUGACCCUCGUCGGCUAAUUUUAAGGGGGUUCGUUCAGAGUUUUGUUUUUUUUUGUGUCCGGAGCUUUGAUUUAUUCAUUGGAAUGGAUAAUAGAGAAGGAUUAUGGAAACUGCAGAAGGGAACAAUGACGAUGUUCCUCGGAGAAGUGGUGGGCACAGGGGUCUUACUCUUCGUCGGAUGCAUGGGCGGCGUUGGUACCCUGGGCCGAGCACCACCACCUCCUAUGCAGAGUGCAUUUACAUUUGGUUUAACAGUCAAUAUGAUUAUAAUGAUGUUAGGACACAUAAGCGGCGCUCACUUAAACCCCGCAGUCACCAUAGGCUCCAUCAUCAUCCGGCAAAAAACGAUUGCCACAGGCCUUGUUUACAUGAUCGCCCAAUUCAUUGGUGGACUAAUUGGAUAUGGACUGCUCAAGAUUGUUACACCAGAGGACUUAUUCACCGAUGGUUUUCCUGAUUCGAAAGUUCCCCUCUGCGUCACCGUGGUCCAUCCUGGAGUAUCAACAAUUCAAGCAAUCCUGAUCGAAAUGUUGUGCACAGCCAUUGUCCUUUGUACAGCGUGUGCCACAUGGGAUCCUCGAUGUGCUCACACCACUGAUUCAGUGGCUCUGAAAUUCGGAAUGGCGAUUGCAGGCCUCUCUUUUGCUGCGAGUCCAUACACUGGCUGCAGUAUGAAUCCAGCGCGAACGUUUGCCCCGGCAUUCUUUAAUGGUGCGUGGGAGAACCAAUGGAUUUACUGGAUAGGGCCAGUUCUAGGAGCAUUCCUAGGUACUUACACCUAUCAGGUGUUAUUCACCGCUUCAGAAAAAAACACGGAUACGGCCUACAGUAAAAGUGUGGAAUUAUCUGUUAUUCAUGACAAACUAGAGGUCGUAGAUUCGUCGUAACCCGUCUUCUAAAGAAUAAUAAGGAUAAUGAUUCAUUAUUUCUGAUAAUACCAGUGUAUUUUGUUAUUCAUUGUUGCUAGUCAUGCUACACUGGGGGAUGUGUAGUUGUAUUAAAAUUCAAGGUUAAUUGUGUUCAAUAGAUGAAAAACGGGUAAUUAGGUAUUUGUCUUACAACUUUCUCCUUUAAUAUUUAAUGUAUAAUGAGGAAAUAUAAAUAAUGUGAAGGAUCA